GAUGGCCGUGCAAAAGUGGAAAGAAACAACUUCGCAACAACAUCAUAUCUUGCAUACUCCUCUCCGCAGAAACCUCACGUGUCGCUUGCGCAGGACGUGGCAAGUGCCGCUGAGUGGCCUGGCUUAGAAGCUCUGGAGAAACAGGGUCCACCAGAAGCAAAUCCAAAGAAGCAGGA